GUAUGAUGGAAAGCAUUGUUUACCUUUGUAUUCUGUUAAUGUACACAAACAUUGAUGCACAUCGUGAUCCGACUCAAAGGUGUACCUAUAUUAAGGAAAGAGAUGGAGUAAAAGUAAAUUGCUCCUCCCAAGAACACAAAGCCGUGCCAGAUUAUUUAUGCAAAAAUAACCAGACUUUGAAAACUGUUUCCAAUAAAACAAUAACUUUUACCCCGAAGCAAAUUACAGAGCUGGACUUAUCAAACAACAGCAUCAAAAAUUUUUCUCACAACCCAUUCUAUUGUCUCGUGAAUUUGAAAGUCUUAAAUCUCGAAAGAAAUAAGGUGAAACUUUCAAAUGAAAUUUACUACAAAGGAUUGUUUUCGCCUUUGGUAUCCUUGCGCGAUCUGAAUAUCAAACACAACUCAAAAGAUGGAGUUAUAAAUGACACAGUUUUUGGAGAAUUGAUCGAAUUAAAGGUGCUUCGCAUGGACACGCCAAAUGGAACCGUUUUUGGAGAACACUUUUCUCAGUUAAAGAAGCUGUAUAAUUUGGAUCUUUCAGGAGUAAAUGGAUACUGUUAUAUUAGACGGAUUGAAAACACAACUUUUCAAUACUUUCCAUAUCUGAGAAUUUUGGAUCUCUCGGCAUGUAUGAUUAAAAAUAUUGAUGCUGGGGCUUUUGGUUUUCUUGAAAAAUUAUCAGAAUUGUUUCUUUCGUACAACCUAGAAUUAGGAUUUGCAGCUUUACAAAACAUAACAUAUAAUCUACGAUAUACAAAGAUAGAGAAACUACAUUUGGAAAAUAUCAGGUGCUUUAGGGGACCUGACACAGAACUUUAUGAGGGUCAUCUAAAAUACCUUUCAAAUACAACUUUAAAAGAAUUAAACCUAGCAGGCAAUCGGCUGCAGUGGAUUGGAAAAAACGUCUUACGUAAUCUUCCCAAAACUCUCCAAACACUAUCCCUGGCAAAUAACAGACUAUCCAUUGGAGUGUAUGCUUUUGAUUAUCGAUUACUGAAAGAAUUGAAAGAGAUGAAUGUAAGCAAUCAGCUGAACCUACCAAAUGUAACAGCUAAACUAUUUCAGAAGUGUGAUGAGAAUCCCGACAUACUUCCUUGCAACUGCACACCAGGCGCGCAAAAUCUCCAAAAGCUCUCAAGCACUCUUCCUUAUGAAAUGGAUGAGGGAGGGGAUUCGUAUUUGGAGUGCAAAGAAAGAAAUAUUAAUUUUGGACCAGCAAUAAUUACUUUUUAUCUACCGCCAAAGCUUCAGGUUUUGUAUUGGUCGUCUAGUCGUUUGUUUGGAACUUUAGGUCAAUUUGGAAUUAAUGCAACCCUUCUCAGAAAGAUAUUUAUGCAAAACAACAUUUUAUACUCAUGGAUAGGUCCAAUUCAUGGAUCGGAUUCUAUAGAAGAACUUGAUCUCUCUCAGAAUUUUUGCUACAAUAUUUCAGCAGAAUUUUUGUCACAUUUUUCAGGUUUGAAAGUAUUAAAACUGAGAGAAAAUAAUAUUGCAAAGAGUUUAUCUUCAGAUUCUCAAGGAUUAAUGUUCAGAAAUCAGAAAAACCUUGAACUCCUAGACUUAUCUUAUAAUGAUAUUGAAUAUCUACCGGGGAAAAUAUUUAAAAAUGCAAUAAAUAUUAAGCAAUUAUUGUUGCAAGGUAAUAGACUAUAUAAGUGGGGAGUGAAAAUAAAUCAUAUGAGAUAUUUAAUAUUUUUAGAUAUCUCAGGUAAUCGUUUAGAGACGUUUACUCCUGUUGACAUAGAACACCUUAAUCAGCAUUUUCAAUCCGAAAAUCUAACUGUGGACUUAAGCAAUAAUCGCCUUUCUUGCACCUGCGAAAACAUUAUUUUUCUACAUUGGAUUGUAAGAUUUUAUUCUCAUUUUCAAGACUUCAACGAAUAUUUUUGCUUGGAUGAGUCUAUCCAUGUAGAAAAUCUUCAGAAAUCAUUGUUUAUCUUAAAUAAAAAGUGUAAAUCCUAUCUGAUUUGGUACGUAAUCAGUUGUAUUGGAUGUACUUUAGUGGUCACCAUUACCGCAUGUUACUUGAUUUACAAAAAUCGCUGGAAAAUACGUUACAUACGAUAUGUGGCAGGAAAGAAAGUACGGGGGUAUCAUCGUCUUCAAUCGAGUUCUAGCAUUGGGGAUUUCGAAUAUGACGCAUACAUAUCAUACUCCGCAAAAGAUGUAUCGUUCGUAAAAGAAGAUAUGAUACCCAACCUUGAAGAUAAGAGUAGUGGUCAAAUAAAACUAGCAGUAAUGCAUAGAGAUAUGGAGCCAAGCGGAGAUCAUGCAAAUAAUAUCAUGGACUACAUCAGUCGAAGUAAAAGAACCAUUUGUGUAGUCAGUAGAAAAUUUCUGGAAUCGGACUGGCAGGAUUACGAAUUAAAUAUGGCCAGAAUGGAAGGAGUUCAGACAAGAAAAGCAUUGAACUUUGUUCACUUAAUUCUUAUGCCAGAUGUAUGCAAGUCAAAAUAUCCCCAGAAAGCCAGUGAUUUUAUAAAGAAAGGUUAUUAUCUGGAAUAUCCCGAGGAGGCUUUUGGACAACAAGUGUUCUGGGAAACUCUAAGACAGGAGAUAUUGAAAGAAAUUGACGUUUCAAAUUAA